AUGGCUCUGCUGAACCCAUAUUCCCUUCUCCUCUUCCUCCUCCUCUUAGCAUCCUGUGUUCCAAACAUUUCCAAAGCCACUUCUCGUGCGCCGAACCGCAUGUUAGCCUUGGUUCAGAACCAACCACUUGUCUUGAAGUACCAUAAAGGUACCCUCCUGAAGGGUAACAUCACCCUUCAUCUAAUAUGGUACGGUACAUUCACCUCCACACAGCGCUCCAUAGUCAUCGACUUCGUCCAAUCGUUAAGCUCCAAGUCAUCCUCUCAUACCCCUUCAGUGUCUUCAUGGUGGCGAACCACCGAGAGCUACAGGGGAGGCCCCUGCACCCUCGUCGUAGGAAACCAAACCCUUGACCACGCCUACUCCCUCGGGAAGUCGCUCAAAACAAACAACCUCCUCGCCUUGGCGUCGAAAGUAAACUCCGGGGAUCACGUGGUGCACCUGAUCAUGACAUCCGCUGACGUGGCGGUGGAGGACUUUUGCAUGAACCGGUGCGGGACCCACGGGUGGGGGAAGAGGAAAAACGGCGAGAGGGUGGCCUACGCGUGGGUAGGGAACGCAGUCGCGCAGUGUCCGGGGCAGUGCGCGUGGCCCUUCCACCAACCCAUUUACGGCCCUCAAACGGCGCCGUUAGUGGCGCCUAACGGCGACGUUGGCGUCGACGGCAUGGUGAUAAAUUUGGCGACGGUUCUCGCGGGGCUGGUGACGAACCCGUUCGAGGACGGGUACUAUCAGGGGCCGGCCAGCGCGCCGCUGGAGGCUGUAUCGGCUUGCGCCGGUAUCUUCGGGAAGGGGGCGUAUCCGGGUUACGCCGGGAACGUUCUGGUUGAGAAGGCGAGUGGGGCGAGCUACAACGCCGUGGGGGUGCGCGGGCGGAAGUUUUUGCUUCCGGCGAUGUGGGACCCGCUCAGCUCCAGCUGCAAGACGCUGGUGUGA